GCUGGGGAAACGCCCCCGCUCAUGUGUCCGGAGCACCGCGCCUCGCUGCAGUCUCAUACACUUAUUCCGCAGGGAGAGAGCUGCUCGGACCCGCACAGGACCAAAGGACGGAAAACGGCCAGUGGCACAAAUGGCUAGACUGGUGUACACGGCCGCCUCGGUGCUCUUUGGGAUUUCCACCCUGUGUUUUACGGCACGGAUUUACCCACCAAACGAAGUGACGUUACUGGACUCCAGAUCAGUACAGGGGGAGCUGGGAUGGGUCGCAAGUCCAACAGAAGGAGGGUGGGAAGAGGUGAGCAUCAUGGACGAGAAGAAUACACCCAUCCGCACCUAUCAGGUGUGCAACGUCAUGGAGCCGAACCAGAAUAACUGGCUGCGGACGGACUGGAUCGCCCGCGGCGGCGCCCAGCGGGUCUACAUCGAGAUCAAGUUCACGCUGAGGGACUGCAACAGCCUGCCGGGGGUGACGGGCACCUGCAAAGAGACCUUCAACCUCUACUACUACGAGUCCAAUAACGACAAGGAGCGCUACAUCCGCGAGAACCAGUUCGGAAAGAUUGACACGGUGGCGGCGGACGAGAGCUUCACGCAGGUGGACAUCGGCGACCGCAUCAUGAAGCUGAACACGGAGGUGCGCGACGUGGGGGCGCUGUCCCGCAAAGGCUUCUACCUGGCCUUCCAGGACGUGGGCGCCUGUAUCGCCUUGGUCUCUGUGCGCGUCUUUUACAAGAAGUGCCCUCUGACUGUGCGCAACCUGGCACAGUUCCCUGAUACCAUCACGGGGGCCGACACCUCCUCGCUGGUGGAGGUGCGUGGCUCCUGUGUCAACAACUCGGAGGAAAAGGACGUGCCCAAGAUGUACUGUGGGGCGGACGGCGAGUGGUUGGUACCCAUUGGGAACUGCCUGUGUUACCCUGGGUUCGAGGAGCGCAACGGAGAGUGUCAGGCCUGCAAGAUUGGCUACUACAGGGCCCUGUCCACAGAUGGGGGCUGCUCCAAGUGCCCCCCUCACAGCUACUCCACCCGUGAGGGCUCCACCUCCUGCAGCUGCGAUAAGGGCUACUUCCGCGCUGAGACCGACCCACCAGCCAUGCCCUGCACACGUCCACCCUCAUCCCCCCAACACCUGAUCUCCAACGUCAACGAGACGUCCGUGAACCUGGAAUGGAGCCCUCCGGUGUCGACGGGUGGCAGGCAGGACCUGACCUACAACGUAGUGUGCAAGCGGUGUGGGGGGGCGGGCCGCCGCUGCCAGCCGUGUGGGGCCGGCGUGCACUACGCCCCCCAGCAGCUGAGCCUGCGUGCUACGCGCGUCUCCAUCACCGACUUGCAGGCCCACACCAACUACACCUUUGAGAUCUGGGCCGUGAACGGCGUGUCCAAGCAGAGCCCGGGACCCGAGCAGGCCGUGUCCGUCACCGUCACCACCAACCAAGCCGGUGACUCCCUCCCAGUGGCCUCCAUCCAGGCCAAAGAUAUCACGAGGCACACGGUGUCCCUGGCCUGGCAGGAGCCGGAAAGGCCCAACGGAGUCAUCCUGGAGUACGAGGUCAAAUACUAUGAGAAGGACCAGAAUGAGAGGAGCUACCGCAUCAUCAAGACGGCGUCCCGCAGCGCCGACAAAGGCCUGAACCCGCUGACCUCCUACGUGUUCCACGUGCGGGCGCGCACCGCCGGCUAUGGUGACUUCAGCGCCCCCUUCGAGUUCAUGACCAACUCUGUUCCCUCUCCAGUCAUCGGCGAUGGUGCCAACCCCACGGUGCUGCUGGUGUGUGUCGGCAGUGUGGUCCUGCUCAUCAUCCUCAUCAGCGCCUUCAUCAUCAGCAGGAGGAGAAGCAAGUACAGCAAGGCCAAGCAGGACGCGGACGAGGAGAAGCAGCUCCACCAAGGUGUGAGGAUAUACGUGGACCCCUUCACAUACGAGGACCCCAACCAAGCCGUCCGUGAAUUUGCCAAGGAGAUUGACGCAUCUUGCAUUAAGAUCGAAAAAGUCAUCGGAAUAGGCGAGUUCGGCGAGGUCUGCAGCGGGCCGCCUAAAGAUGCCAGGCGAAGCGGGGAGAUCUGCGUGGCCAUCAAGACCCUGAAGGCGGGCUACACCGACAAGCAGAGGCGGGACUUCCUGAGUGAGGCCAGCAUUAUGGGCCAGUUCGAGCACCCUAACAUCAUCCACCUGGAGGGCGUGGUCACUAAGUGUAAACCAGUGAUGAUCAUCACGGAAUACAUGGAGAACGGAUCACUGGAUGCCUUCCUGAGGAAGAAUGACGGGCGCUUCACGGUGAUCCAGCUGGUGGGCGUCCUACGUGGUAUCGCCUCGGGCAUGAAGUACCUGUCCGACAUGAGCUACGUGCACCGCGACCUGGCCGCCAACAUCCUGGUGAACAGCAACCUGGUGUGCAAGGUGUCCGACUUCGGCAUGUCGCGUGUGCUGGAGGACGACCCCGACGCCGCCUACACCACACGGGGGGGGAAGAUCCCCAUCCGCUGGACGGCACCGGAGGCCAUUGCCUACAGGAAGUUCACAUCGGCCUCGGACGUCUGGAGCUACGGCAUCGUCAUGUGGGAGGUGAUGUCAUACGGCGAGCGGCCGUACUGGGACAUGAGCAACCAGGAUGUCAUCAAGGCAAUCGAGGAGGGCUACCGGCUGCCCCCGCCCAUGGACUGCCCCGUAGCGCUGCAUCAGCUCAUGCUUGACUGUUGGCAGAAGGAGCGCAGCGACCGGCCCAAAUUCAGCCAGAUAGUCAACAUGCUGGACAAGCUGAUCCGCAACCCCAACAGCCUGAAGAGGACGGGGGCCGAGACGGGCAGGCCUAACACAGCCCUCCUGGACCCCACCAUCCCGGACUUCUCCUCACUGGGCUCGGUGGCCGACUGGCUUCAGGCCAUCAGGAUGGAAAGGUACAAGGACAACUUCAGUGCCGGCGGGGUCACCAGCCUGGAGGCCGUGCUGCACAUGACUGAGGACGACCUGGUGCGCAUCGGCAUCUCCUCGGCACCCCACCAGAGGAAGAUCCUGAGCAGCGUGCAGGCGAUGCAGGCCCAGGUGCAGCACAUCCAGGGCAGGAUGGUGCCCGUCUGAGGCUGGAGGGCGCAUCACCGAUUUUAUAAGGAAAGAAAAUCAAAACCGAAAAAAAAGUUUACCUCAUCAUGCACUUUAAACUGAAUUUAAAAGGAUCAGGAGGGAGGGAAGGGAAAAGCAGGCACUUUGUAGAGGAUCCAUGUGCCCCUCGGCACCCGGACCGUUCCAUCUGCGGCAUGGAGCUGACCUUCCAGUAGAAGCCUUCCGAGGACCCUCACCUUGAUCUGGACACGCGUUUCUUUUUGCUUUCAGAGGCUCCUCCCUGCCAAGUGGCCGUUGUUUUUGUCUUUGUGUUGGUUUGUGACCCGCUUCUAGAUGAUUUGCUGCCAUGUGACUUGGUGCGUUUCUCACGCACGCUGGUUUGAGACGUCAGGCCUAAUGAGCCCCCUGCUUUCGGGGGGGUGGGGGUGGGGGGGGGAGCUUUUUUGGUCAUUAAGCUGUAUUUGUUGGAAUGAAGUAUAUUUUCCUCAGGACAUUUUCAGAAAUUCUUUGAUCAGAAGGAACUUGUCCCCCCCCCCCUCCCCAUCCCGGCCUUUAUAUAGACCCACCUUCCAAAUGGGUCGAAUCUUGUUUUUUCCUCUUGCUUCCUCUUGACUGGAUGUGGUUCUGGACCAGCUCAGUACCAGCGAUUUUCGUCCUGGACACGGACCCACAGCUCUCCUCGGACCCACAUGUAUGUUUGUUUCAAUCCCACUCCAAAAAACGACAGCACCUGGCAGCAGCCACCAAAAAAAUAAGAUGCAUAUGAUGGAAACCUGCCUUAUUAUGGGAUGCUCUGUGGACGUCAGCUUAAGCUGUCACAGCACAUCGUCAUCAGAAGUGGUGGUGAAAAUGGUGCCACCCUACAGUGGAGCAAAAGGGCCACAUCCCCCACUUCGUCCAGGAUGAGGACCCCCCACCCCCAUGCAAAGAUCUGUACUUCAGUGAUACUAGCAGAAUGUGAUGUCAGAAGUGUCGUUACUCGUCUGCUGACCUCAUUUGUUUUACUGGAUCUGUUCGCAUGUCACCACCACACAGUGUGUGACCGAAUGUCCCCUCAGUGCUGCCACUUCAUCCAGUCUUGCUGUGGUCAUGGAGCACGACGACAGGAAAAUAAGAAGCUCUAACAUGAGACUGGGUUGCUGUUCGUCUGUCACCAAUGACACAGGGUUCUCACAAAUUCUUGGGCAGCAUGAGGAGACCAGAAGGGAUUUAUUACAGCCUUCUAAUGACCAUUGCCCAUCGCGGAAGCCCCGCCCCUUCAAACACCUUGCACCAAUCACAGACUAAGCCCUUGGCACUCGCUGAAUAUGAGCUGAACUCUGAUUGGCCAGCAGAUGGGCUGACUCAUUCAUCCCAAAACGGCCUGGACCAUUCGUGCGGGUGCAGUGACAAACUGAGUAAUCACUGUGCUGCAGGGUUGCUUUUAAAAGGGAAAGGUCUAUACUAUAUUUGUUUUUCUUAUUUUUGCAUUGUUCAUUUCUAAUUUGCACCAAAUGUCUGUCAGCGAGGCCUGUUUCCAAGGACGUAAAUUGUGUUUAUUGGAUUUUUUUUUUUAUAAUAUGUCUGACAGUCACAUAUUUCAAACAUCUCUGCUGUCCUCAAAUAGCAAUUUAGUGAUUUUUUUUAAUCCUUCAAGGAUUUGUUUGGAAUAUGCAAGGUCUGAUGGAGGAGAGUAACAUAGAAUGUACUGUACAAUGCAUUUUAAUUUAGUUUAUGACAGGAAAAAACUAACAAAACAUGAUUUAUUUUGUCAUUUUAUGCAUCUGAUUGCAUCUGCUUUAGUCAUAAAAUAAUUUGUUUCUUUUAUGUUUCUUUUUUUGUUUUUCUUUUGACAGAUUUAGGUACAUAUAACUUAUGUCAUUUAUUUAUGAUCUUUUAUAUCUAGUUUGUAAAUUGUAAAAUAAUAGUAAAAUGAAGAAAUAAAGGGAUGCCACUGUGCAUUCUGAUGAAAGUGCUUUAA